AGCAGAACAAAUGUGUGGCUAACGUGGGGAGUCUUGGCCUUCGUAUCCUGUUGCAGAGCUUGACUACUUCUCCACUCAUAGGAGUCAUGCAUGAAGGCUAACAAUUGAAGGAUUUUCUCUAAAUUUCUCUAAUUUCUAUUAAGCCGUCAUCAUCAAUCAUCAAACGGGUUUAGCCGUUUGGGUGAUUCUAUGAUCCUGAAGUCCGAUUUCCAGAUUUUCACAACUUGGACUGGGACGGUCCUGGGUUAUAGGGGGCAACAGUUUUUUCUGUUGGGGGCAAUUUCUUGGAUUCCUAAUAUUUAUUAAGAAAUAUAGGAGUUUAGUGAGCCUUUAUUGGGGGCAGCUGCCCCCCCCCCCUACUGCCUGUGUAGAUCCGCCCCUGUCUAUAUACAGCCGCCUCCCUCGUGCGUAGGGUUUCUUCUCUCGGUGCGAUCUUUUGCGACGCAAUUUGAUCGACGGAUUUGGGGUCUUCGUUCGCAGCAAAGCAUCGGGCUCGGGCUUUUUUGAAGGGAAAGAAGGCAGGGCCAGCUUUUCGAUCCCAAUAGGUCAUCAUUUGAUCAUGGCAGAGAUGGAGGAAAUGGUUGUCAAGUGUGAUAACAUGGUGCUCGGUGGUGAUGAGGAAGAAUUGAUUCUGGACGAGGAGGUCGAUGGCGAGGAGGAGGCUUCGAACCGGAGCAAUACCUUUCCGGUGGUUGGCACUGUUCACACGGACAUAAAAGUGAAGUUUCCAGUGCUCAGGGAUCUCAUGGCGUCUAUCUGGCGCCCCAACCGGUAAAGAAAUAUCUAUCAAAGAGAUAGGCGAGAAAAGGUACUUGUUCACUUUCUAUCAUAUUGUUGACAUGGAACGUGUUUUAGGUGGCAGACAGUGGCUAUACGAACAAAAUUUAUUGGUAUUGUGGUCGUUGAAACCGGGGGAUGUUCCUCUUAGGGUUCCCCUGAAUGAGGCUGAGUUUUGGGUGCAGGUACAUAACGUACCUUAUGAUUAUAUGAAUUUAGGUGUUGCUAGGAGAGUUGAUAAUUUCAUUGGUAAAUUUAUCAAUUUUGACAAAAGUCAAUUUGAAGAGAGUUGGAAUUCUUACAUGAGGAUUAGGGUCUGUAUGGAUGUCGGUAAGGCUAUGAAAAUAGGUAUGACACUGAGGAAAGGGAGGGAAGCGAAGCAUAGAGUGGAUUUUAAAUAUGAAAAAUUGUCGAGUUUUUGUUUUGCUUGCAGUAUUAUUGGCCAUGCUGACAGGUUUUUUCCUCUACCCUACGAGUGUGAGAAGAAAGUGAUGAGUGCCCUAGAUACAAACUGAGUCCCAAGUGAGGUAAAAGUCUAGGGGGGGGGGUGAAUAGACUUUUAAAUCUUUUCAUUUUUCAGCCCCUUUUUCUCUAACUGGAUGUAUUCCAAUAUCUUUUGGGAGAUAUUGAAACAUGUAACGGAAGUCUUGACCUCAACAGGGUGACACUUUAUAGAAACAAAUGUUAUGACCCUUUUAGUUAUGAGAGAUGGGUUAAACAUGGUACAAACGUAUUUGCCAGAAACAGAUGACUCAGGGAGCAGGCUGCCGAAACCUGAAGGAGAUGGUUGCCAGACAAUUUGGGAGCUGUCUGCCAAACCUCAGGAGCAGGCUGCUGAAAAGUAGUUUCUGCUUAUUUUAGUUAAGGUAUAGUGAAGAACUAUACUCUAACAUAUUGACUGGCUUUAGAACUAGUCUAACACAUGAGUAUGAAGGAUUUAGACCUAUAGAAAUAAGUCACUUUGAAGAACAGAUAACAAAGAGAUGACUCACAGUGAACUGAGAAUUGAAGUUCACUGGACAGUUUUAGUGAGCAAGUUGUUUUGUUGUGAAAGUGAGUGAGUACUGAAUUUGUGUUAGGAGCAGAAUGUAUAAGUGACACAAGAUAUAUCAUGGUUCAGAGGUGGUGUAAUCCUCCUACAUCCAGUCGCAACUUAUUUCACAAGGAACUUAAACACUGUUCCAAGCUAUUCAGUCCUUCCAAGGUUUUUCACUAAUGGCAUUGACUUGCUAAGAGCUACUCAUGUUCUUGACCUUUCUCACCUUCUGAAUUUGAUCACAAAGCCCCCCCAGAAUGUCUAACACUAGUCUAGAAUACAUAGGUGUAUUGCUAAACUACCAACUAAUCUAAGCUCUAUAGAUUUUUAUGAAUUGUAGCUAGUCUAAGAGGAUAAGACGAGUGGGGUGGUAGCCAAAGUGUAGAAGGAAAAUCAGUUGGCUGGAUUUCAUCAAGUAGAGUAUGAUUUUCUUCUAUCCACUUGGCUCCUCUCGUUUUACCACACUUGGUAUUCCCGCACUCCUUCUGUAUUUAUAGACUUGAUCAUUGCAUCUCCACCAUUGGCUGAGAAAAUGAAUCUUGAUCGUAGCUUGAUCUACUUGCUUUGUUCCACUUGACUGAGGCAACAUGGUUUGUCUUUGUCACGUAGUGACAAGGAUCAACAAUCUUCAGCUCAACUUGUUUACACAUUUCAAUGCAAGAUAAAAGAUGCAUUAUCUUUAUUUUCUUACGCGUAGAAACUAGUAUAAAGCUGAGUGAUAUUUCAAUGCUUCCUUUACAAACUAAUGAACACUUGCUUUUGGUAAAAUACAUUUAUAAGAAAUUUAUAAUGUGAUAAAAAUCUCUUAUAAAUUUACUUUUCAUCAAAUUGUUUGACUGCAAGUUGGUCUUUUGUUUAACUGUUUUGUGCUCAGAGAAGAGAGAAUUGGAUUUCAGGUGAGUUUAACUGAAAACCCAGUUUUCAGCUGGCUGCCAAGUAUUUCGGCAGGCUGCUGAUUUCUGGUGUUUUCCAGCUAGCUCAUUCCUAACAAUGUAUACCAGAUAACUAUUUUCGUACCUUUUCUUUUUUAUCUUUUUCCUUUUGUUUUAUGGUACGUUUACUUCUCUUUUUAGUACUCUUUGCUUUUUAUGAGUACUUUACCACUAAAUAUGGAUCCCAUUACAAAUAAACAAAGUAGAACAUAAGUAGUAGACUAGUCUAAUACAGGGGUAAUAAAAAGGGGUGGCAUCAUCAAACUUAUUACAUUUAAUCAUCAAAAUCUAGGGGACCUAACAGAAAGUGAUGGUCCAACCUUUUGGGGUUAGUCUCCGCGUGGGAGGGGGAGGGAAAACUCAAAAGAUGAAGGCUAACAAAUGGCUCAUGUCAGAAGACUCAAGCGGAAGCUCUCUGAACCAUCUGGGAAGGAAACAGAGUGUUACAAGUGCCAGAGAUGAGGCAAUUGGACCCGUGGGGGGCCAAGGAGAGCGGCACCGAAGCUACUCGAGGACUUUCAGGGGACAACAUGGAUUUGGAUCUGUCAAAACAACGAAGAGGGGGCGGGUCCAGACCUCUAGGGUCGGAGGAUGUUUGUCAGCUGUGGGAGGAUGCAGUGAGAACCUUAACUCGAGAAGAAGGUAGGAUAUUAUUCCAUGUACCGGUCCAAGUUGGCAAAUGAUGAUUUUUAUAGGAUGAGACAAUGUUCUAAAAGACGCACGGUGUGACAAGGCCAAGCGUAAGUCAAGCCUAGGAUGGAAUAGGCAUAAUUUAGGCGUGAAAAGACAUUUUAAAUUUGUACCGAUAAUUACAUAGUUCUAUUUUAUAAUGAUAUGUGAACGAAGAGAAUAAAUAACUGUGCAGUUAGAAUCACAGUUAUCUUCAAAUGAUUUCUGUUGACUGUUGACUCUGAACUCGGGUAGAAUUUGAUCCAAUCAUAUCUUCUUGUAUUUUGUUCUGUUUAAAGCGUUUUCUAAAACUCGUCUUCCGGCAUCGGAUUGAAAAGAGAAAUAAUAAAAAUCAUCAUUUAAAUGUUAAUUAAGGGAGGGGGAGUAGUAAAAUUAAAGCUACGCCAGUCAGCGGCCUCCAUGGCUUAUUGCGGGAAAGAGUGGUAAUUAUGUGUGUUUGAUUAGGGUAGUCCAUAUCCAACAUAUUUAAAGUCAAGAUUUGGCAGAGAUGCUAGUUAGAACCCUCCUGUCUAUUUACACAGUUCUGAAUGGCAGGAUGUAAUUAUUGGCCCGAAGGCCAAUGGCAUAUUUACGGGAUACGCCUAAUGGACUUGACAAGCGUUCAAUAAAUGGGUAGAAUGAUUCUG